AUGGCUGCUGCAGACGAUGUACCUGCAGGGGACCAGCCGCCAAAGACGCCUCGCAACCGCACCUUUCGAGGGAAGAGCGUUUCUCGCUUCAACCUGUUCCGCGAUUCAGAUGCGCAGAGCUCGCCCAGCUCCAAGAGCAUCCGCAACCCGCCUGCGUCCAUUUCGCUCUCGCAAGCUCCCCCGUUGCCAGACGCGCCGCCAAUCCCCAACUUUGUGCUCAGCGCAAACCUCAAAAACGACUCGAGCCCCUCGCUGCUGGAACGCCGUUUCUUUGGAGGCGAGCUGAAGCCGCCGCCCUCUCCCUCGGCCAGGUCCUUCAUUUCUGAGCCCGGAUCGCCAUUUGGCUCGCACUUUGGCACGCCAUUGAGCACGACUGCCAGCAGGACUGAGAGGGAAAUAGACGAACUCGCCGCACAGUUGGACCUUGAAAUUGAGGAGGCGCAUCGCAAAAAGGCAGAGGCUCUGCAGAGCUGCAAGGAAGAAGACGCCGCUCGCUGCGAAGACGACGUCGCGCGACUCGAAGCCGAGAGGGACCUUGUUAUUGACGAGCAGAGGAAAUUCGACUUGGCUCGUCUUCAAGCGCAGCCGCCUUCGACUCCGUCCGCGACAAAGCCCAAGAGGGUCCUCGAGAAGCUCAACCUGUUCUCGAGAAGCAGGAAACCGAGCAGCUCCAACUUGAUUCAGCCGCCAUUAACCCCUCUGCCACCGGCUACUCCAAAUAGCAUAGCACCAUCUGUUUUUACGCCUACACCAAGCAUAAGCCGAAGAAGUAGCCUUGACGACUCUCCUCCCCUGCAUCCCUCACAAAGGAUGAGCUUCAUUCGACCACACCCGGAUGGUGAUGCGCCAAUCUCUGCCAUCAAUGGCGGUGAACGACGCAUUACUGUUCGAUGCCUUUCGUCGACCAUCAAUCUGGAGGUAACGGCUGAGACUACGCCGGAGGAUGUCCUCAUUGCAACGGCUGCUCAGACACGGCAUGACAUUGACGUUGAAACGAGUAUCGUCGUUGAAUGCUAUGACACCCUUGGGCUAGAACGACGCAUGCGACGUUAUGAGCAUGUACGAGAUACCCUGAAUUCUUGGGAUCGUGACCAGGACAACUCACUCUUGGUUAUGCCUUGUGAUUUGCCGGGAGAUGACGACAGCCUUGAGCUUUCGUCUGUCCCGCAGACAGAUGAGCCUGCGCCUGGCUUUACUAUCCAGCUUUAUCACUCUCCUCGCCCUGGCAAGUGGAGCAAGCGGUUUGUUACCUUGCUAAGCACUGGCCAAAUAUUUGCUUCCAAGCGCGCCGAUGCGCAACCCUCAGAUAAGGAGAGCACAUCAUUGUGCCACCUGACGGACUUUGAUAUUUAUAAGCCAAAGGAGAGUGAGGUGAAGCGGCAUCUCAAGCCUCCCAAGAAGAUCUGCUAUGCCAUCAAGAGUCAACAAAAGACAGUCGUCUUUCCCAAUGGAGAGAAUUUUGUCCACUUUUUCUGUACGGACGAUGCCGCUGUAGCGAAGAGGUUCUUCAACCAGGUGCAUGCUUGGCGAAGUUGGUACAUUGUCAACAAGAUAACACACUCACGCCCGAUAGAGAGGCCGCCGCCCCUUGAUCUGAGCGUUGAAAGUAUCAAGAUGCCAAUAAUCCCCGAGAAGUCCCCGCGAGUCUCUAGCGGCUUGACUCUUUCUACUGGAUCCUUCAUAGAUGAGAGCGAUUUUACCAGGGCCAUCGAGGAAUCUACCAGGAAGCUGGCUCUGGAGGCCCAACUCAAUAAAAACAAACCUAGAGGAAGAAAAGCCUCUAGCGCAUCUGUCGCCCACAGCGUGAAAGAAACGUUUUCACCUACCGGCUUAUUGGGAGACGGGUAUGAAAAACGCAAGGAGGAGGCAGCAGCGGCAGCCGAGACUCCAACUGAGAGCAAAAGCCCUACCGUCAAAAAGAUUGAGGGUCCAUUCACAGAAGGCCCAUCAUUGCUGAAUAGCAUUCUAUCAUCCCCCAAGUCGCCCGAACAGCCCCCGGUGAAGUCUUGGUUCCCAUCCGCUGCAGAACAUAGCGCGCGCAACCGAACCGCUUCGAUUUCUCUUCGACGGCCUGUGACAGCUGACCCGUCGGCCCAGUCUGAUCAUGGCAAGGGGCCAGCGCCGCUUUUGAACUUUGCUACCAAUUUCCCAGAGCCUCCACGGGCCCGAGAUGGCCCUCGACAGGGCCCUGGAUCCAGACAUGGCCACGGCCUGCGCCCCCCACCAGGGUCGCCUCUCGUCAACUUUGCAACUGGGGGACAACAAGGACCACCUGGAUCUCCAGGAGGAAGACCCGGGCCACCUCCUUCUGGAGUACCGCCGCCAGGCCCGCGAAACCGUAGCCGCUCGAUUGCCAGUGCCAGCGGCGGUGGCUUUCGACGCAUGCCUGGCGCCGACGAUCUCCCUUCCGCAUCUUCACAAAACAGGCAACCCGGCCCACGAUCUAGUCGAAUGCCUCCCCCUCCUUCUCCUCACGGUGCUGCGGCGCGGGACCGUGAUCAUCGCCGCCCGGGUCCUUUGCUACAGGAACGCCAAGAGCGUCCCAAAGAGCGUCCCAAGGAGCGUCCUCAAGAGCGACGACCAGGGCCUCUAGUCAAUUCAGCCCGAUAGAGUUUAUGCACUGUAUAUACAUAGCAGUGAUGCGUGAUAGCGAUAUGCGUUUCCUUGUCAUGAGACCCUGAUCCAGGGGUAAAGAGUUUUCGAUAUUAGGGGUUUUUGGUAUUCCCUUUGUUUCAUUUUUCUUGAAUAACUCAUCUUGGUCAUAGCAAUGGUCUUUUUUUCCCUUUGUUCAUCAUUCAACCAAGGCGAGUGGCACCGGGAUGGCUUGUAAGCUAUACAUGGCAAAUAUUAUGGGGAAAAAUUGGACGGACUUGGUUUGAGCUUGUGUGAAAUUUCAUUUUAGAGGGAAGC